AUAUGCCGGGAAAGCGCGUGUAAUCCGCCGCCAUCCGUUGUUGGGCGCGGUGGCUCUUGACUUCGGGACCCCCAAUACUCGCUCAGCGGCCGAGUAGCAGCCAGGGAGAGGUCAAAAUGAAGUUCAAUCCCUUUGUGACUUCUGACCGGAGCAAGAACCGUAAAAGGCAUUUCAAUGCACCUUCCCACAUUCGAAGGAAGAUUAUGUCGUCUCCUCUUUCCAAAGAGCUGAGACAGAAGUACAAUGUUCGGUCCAUGCCCAUCCGAAAGGAUGAUGAAGUUCAGGUUGUUCGAGGACAUUACAAAGGGCAGCAAAUUGGCAAAGUAGUCCAGGUUUACAGGAAGAAAUAUGUCAUCUACAUUGAACGAGUGCAACGGGAGAAAGCUAAUGGUACAACUGUUCAUGUGGGCAUUCACCCCAGCAAGGUGGUUAUCACUAGACUAAAGCUGGACAAAGAUCGCAAAAAGAUCCUUGAACGUAAAGCCAAAUCUCGCCAAGUAGGAAAGGAAAAGGGAAAAUACAAGGAAGAAACCAUUGAGAAGAUGCAGGAAUAAAGUAAUCUUAUAUACAACUUUCAUUAAAAACUUAAAAUGAAGA